AUGGCUAAGCCUGGCUGUGAGACUUCUUCUGGGGAAUGCCCGGGCACGGAGGAACCCACAGAAGUGGACCCAAAGAGCCCGAAGCACGAGCAGCCAAGCCGCCAAUGCCGCUGCUGCCGCCGCCCCAACAGUUUCGCCGCCUACUUCCCCAGGGUUCUGAAGCAGGUUCACGAGGGCCUGAGCCUCUCGCAGAAGACCGUGAGCAUCUUGGAUUCGUUCGUUAAGGACAUCUUCGAGCGCAUCACCGACGAAACCUCUCGCCUGGCCCGCUCCACCAAGUGCUCCACCAUCACCACCAGGGAGAUCCAGACAGCCGUGCGCCUGCCGCUGCCCGGGGAGAUUGGCAAGCACGCCGAGUCCGAGGCCACCAAAGCCAUCAUCAGGUACACCGUCUGCCGAUGAGCUGCCUCCAGACCA